CGUGGUGCAAAUCCAAAUAGUGCGACGAAACAGUUCAUGACAUCGUUACAUAUAUGUGCACAAGUUAAUGCAUUGAGUUGUGCCGAAGUGAUUCUUGAUAACUGUGAUUCGAUUGUUGAUCGUCCAGAUUGGGGUGGUUGUCCACCACUUCAUUAUGCAGCAUCCUAUGGAAAUUCAACCUUUGUCGAGUUUUUAUUGAAGAAAAAUGCUUGUCCAAAUACUAAAAAUAAGCGAGGUAUGACUGCAGCGCAUUGGGCUGCUCUAAAUGGGCAUAGUAAUGUUUUAAAAUUACUUUUCAAUGGUGGGCUCGAUAUGAGAUUACGAGAUCAGCAGACGAGGACGGUCUUGCAUUAUGCGGCAAUGUCUGGUGACAUAGAUUCUGUGAAAUUUAUCCUAGAAAAUACAUCAAUACUCGUUAAUAGUCAGUGCUCCGCAGGUUACACUCCCUUACAUUAUGCCGUAUUGAAUGGACGUAGUCGAGUUGCUGAAAUGUUAAUCAGUAAUGGAGCUAACCCAUCCAUUGCAAGUUAUUCCAAUGGAUUUAUACCUCUUCAUAUUGCCGCAGGUUUUACCGAGGGUACCCUAAGUUGUGAUCUACUGAUUGAAGUAACCCAUGACAUCGGUUACCAAACAGCUGAUGGUAAUACGGCUUUACAUUUUGCUUGCCAAUUUGGCCGAAUAGCACGGUCGAAAUCACUGAUAGCCAAAGGUGUACCGGUGAAUGCAGUAACAAAUCAGGGUGUUUCUGCACUUCAUAUGGCAUCCAGACAUGGCUAUGAUCUUAUUGUCAAGCAUCUUCUGGGUGCUGGAGCGGAUUGUAACUUGAAAACGAAGUCUGGUUUGACUGCUUUGCAUUAUGCUGCGUUUCAUGGUUAUGUAGUUGUUGCACGAACGCUCUACAUUAAUGGAGCUAACAUCGGAGAGGUAGAUCGCAUCGGACGAACAGCUUUGCAUAUGGCUGCACAGUCUUCAAGCUCUAAUAGCGAAUUUAUGAUUAAUUAUUUGCUUUCAACCAAUAUUAUGAUAUCAAAAGUGGAUUGCAAAGGGCGCUCUGCAUUACACUAUGCUGCUCGAAGUGGUUUUUUCGAUGCUAUCCAGAAAUUGCUAGCUGCAGAUGCUCGUGCAAAUGAACAAGAUCAAUUAGGAUAUACUCCAUUGCAUUACGCAGUGCAAUCACCUUCGGAUCUCGCAUUAGUUAGUGCCAAAAUCUUACUACGUGCUGAUGAUACAGUUUUGUAUGUCAGGGACAAAUCAGGUUUUCUUCCCGUUCAUUAUGCGGUUAAAGCUGGCAACAUAGAAACAGUCUUACUUUUAAUAGACGCAAUGUCCGAUGUCACUGUUCCAUCAUCCCGUCAUCCUUAUCAUCUUACACUUUACCAUAUAGCAGCUCGUUAUAAUCACGCUCAACUUUUACAAAAGCUGCUGGCUUUCUAUCAUGCACGUUCAAUGACACUUGAUAGGGAACAAACAACGAAAAUUGGUAAUACUAUAGGUCUCGAAAUGGAUUCACUAGAACGAAUUCCUAUUCAUUAUGCUAUGUCAGGUGGUUAUCAGCGAUGUGUAGAUAUCCUCCUGAGAACAGCGAUUAGGAAACGUGCAUUAUUGCGAAAAGAUUGUUUUGGUAUAACACCGUUGCAUGCUGCAGCUGCGUGUGGAAGGACUGUUUGCAUUUCCCUUGCUGUAGAAUUGCUCAGGGAAAAAGAUAUCAACGUUUUAGAUUCUUUAUCAAGAACACCCAUUAUGCUUGCAAUUUCAAAUGGUUUUUUGGAUUGUUUCCUUACAUUAUUACCAAAAAGUGAUGUAAAACUAUUCGACAAAAAUGGUCGUGGUUUAAUGCAUCGGGCCUGCAGUCUGCGAAACGAACUUUUAUGCAAGGAAUUGGUGAAUAAAGGUGCUGAUUUCAAAUCGGUGGAUUGCAACGGUGUUACGCCAUUUCAUAUUGCAGCGAGAUCAGGUGAUUCAGCAACUGUCAAUUAUUUGCUAGCAAAUGGUGUACAGGAAAUAGCAGAUUCUAUGGGUUUAACUGCUUUUGAUUGGGCAGCUGUGGAGGGUAAUGAAUGUGUCUUGCAUAUUCUUCAUGAUGCUAACAAGGAUGCGAAUAGGAGUAUGGCCACAAUACUGGCAGCAUCUUGUGGACGUAUUGAGGCAUGUCAGUUUUUAUUACAAAUAAAUAUGGAAUAUGCAAAGGCCACCGAUGUUUAUGGCCGUACGGCGUUGCAUCACGCAGUACAGCAAGGUUAUACAAAAGUUGCAUCUACACUACUCAUUGCUGGAGCCGAUCCUUCAGCACUUGAUGUGUUUCAUAUAACUCCACUGAUGGCAGCUGCAAGUUGCAAUGAUCCCAGUCAUGCAUUGGAAAUUAUCGGCUUGUUAAUUGAACAGAAUGCAUUGUUGGAGGCAGUCGACAUAGUUGGUAAUACGGUUUUCCAUCAUGCAUGUAUGGCUGGUAAUGAGAUGGGAGCAGUUUACUUGCUGAAUUAUGUGAAACCGGUUCCUGCUAAUGGGCAUGCGAAGCAUAUUAUUAAUUUUCAAAAUAACCGGAAGCAAACUAUUCUGCAUUUGGCUUGUAAAGCGGGAAUGAUUACACUCAUUCGUAAUAUAUUAAAAAUCACAUCUUAUUCUUUAUCACUAAUGGAUGAUAGGGGACGCAUACCAUUAGUUGCACCAAUAGAAGAUGGAGCUGUAAUCGAUUGCAUGUUAUGCAUGCUGGAUACAUUUGUUGGAGCUGUGAACAAAGAUGGAUUCUUAGGCAAGUUAUUUUUUACUGCACAUCUUUUUAGCGUCGGCGUUUUACUAUCCAGUCUUGAGUCGAAUAAUAGUUUAGUAAAAAAAAGAAAAAAUUGUUUACUUCGAAUUUAUGAUGAAUCAGCAAUGUAUCAAUUUCGGAAAACCGGGCAUGCUGAUGCACCUAUUUGUUUACCAUCAUCCGUAGAAGAAGCUGAGGUUGAAGUGGAAGGCGAUUUCUAUUGA